GAGAUCAUAAAAUUUCCCCCUUUUCUUUUUCACAAGAGCGGGAACCCUAAUUUCACAAUUUCAAAAUUCAAAUUUCAAAUCACAGAUCUAACAAUCUUCCUUCUCUCUCUGUAAUCUAUGAUCUAGUUUUUAUGUUUGUUACAAGUUUGGUGUUGAUUUAGUUGAAACUACCGUUCAUAAGUUUAUCAGUUCAUCUCUAACUCAGAGAUGGAUUAUCAUAGUUUGAAAAGGAGAGAGCUCCAAGCGCUAUGCAAGGAGCAUAAUAUUCCUGCGAAUUCUGCCAAUUCCGUUUUGGCUGACAAGCUUUCUGCACUUUUUAAUGAAAAGCAGAAACCAAAAGCACGACAACGGACUUGUAUGAAGAGUUUGGUUGAAACUACUGACGAGGGUGAACCUGCAGAAUCAAAAAGACAAGCAAAGAAAGUCAGGUUUAGUCCAAAUAAUGACACAGUUGAGUAUGAGCGAUCUGGCGAAAAACAGAAGGAUAUGGUUACACAGGUGAAAACUCGGAGGAAAUCAAUGGCCAAGAAGGUCGAUCAACCAGUUGUUGAUAGUAGUGUUACUGUUGACUUAGUUGAGGAUACUGCACAAAUUCCUGUUAAGGUUACUAGAUCUAGGGCGCAGUCAUUAGUAAAGGAUGUAGUCAUUCCAAAUAAUAUAAAGAAUAAAGGUAGAGGGGAAACAAAAGAUGCUGGAAAGGGAACUGAUGUAGAUAAAGAAUCUGAAGGCAAUGUUGGUAAAGCUACGAGGGCAAGGGCCCGCACAUUGCAAAAAGGUGGUGAAGCAACCGAAUCAGUUGAGGAAACCGUGGUUGGCCGUGCUAGAGUUACAAGGUCUAGGGCACAAACCUCGAUGGAGGGCGGUACAAGUCGUGAUGCAAAUCCUGAUGUUAAGAAAAAGACCGGUAAACAAGUGAAAACAGAGGGACAAAGUGUCGAGCCCCCCGUGGAAGUUAUGGACGUUACAGUGAGAGCUACAAGGUCUAGAAGACAACCGCUAAAGGAAGAAGUUAAAAACACUGUUACUAAUCCCCAAGCUGAUAAGAAAAGAACCAGAAGAGAAAUGAAAGAGGAGGAUAAACAAGAACCUCCAAAGAGGAAAUCAUUGAGGACCAAAGGGGUGGAUGAAGAUGAAGGUGCCAAAAUGGAAGUGAUUAAUGAUAGCAGAGUUGCAAGGAAUCGUAAAAAUAAAGCUAACACAGUUGAGGUUCAAGAGCUUGAGGAACCAAUAAAGCAUGCCGGUAGGAAAACUGUAAAUCGAAGGAAAUCUGUUUUGCCGUCUGUAAAAGCUGACGUUGAUCCACAUCUUGAAGAGCCAGCCAGAAGAAACACUAGGCGGAAGUCUGUCGUUCAAAAAGCAACUGUCAAGGUCGAGUCUCCUACUGUUGGAAAAAAAGAUUCAAAACGUCUAUCUGGCAUUAUUGAAGAUAAAGAAAACGCUACUACUGGAACUCCUAAAUCCAAGAAACGCAGAGGAACCCCUGUUGAAGAUCCGAUUAUUGAAACCGAGCAUGGUUCUCCAAAAAGUUCCACACGCAGGGCUAGUAAAAGUGAAGGAAAAUCUGUUGCAAAAAAAGAGGUGGAGAGUAGUUUAAAGAAACCUGUGUCAAGAAUGAAUAUUCAGUCAUCUGUAGAAAAAGCAUCUCAUAAAGGAAAGAACUCAGCAAUAAGAAGUGGUGUAAUAAUUAAAGAGAGUAGUUCUAAAAAGAGAGCGAAGUUGAGUGGAACUAAACAAAGUGAUUCAGAAGAUCAAGUGGUUUAUUCUGGUAAAGAAGGGACCCCAGGUGCAAAAUUGAGUUUUAACCUUGAUGAAGAAAUUACCGAGCCUGAGGUUACUCCUGCCAUUAAAAGUGAGAGAAAGUCGACCCGUAGCACCAUCAAAAGUGAGAGAAAGGAGCCAAGUCAGUCAGCCAGGUUUACACGUAGCGCCAUCAAAAGUGAGAGAGAGGGGCCAAGUCAGUCAGCCAGGUUUACACGUAGCGCCAUCAAAAGUGAGAGAGAGGGGCCAAGUCAGUCAGCCGUUAAAGAACAACCUAUUGCCGGUCAAUUGUUCUCACCAGAAGGUGCAAAAUUCAGACAUGAUCCGGCUGUCAAUACAGCUCCAGGAAGAGUUGCUCGCAGAGGAAUCAAACAUGAUGGAAAUGCAGCAGGCAGUUUUUCAGAGAUGAUUGAUAAGAAGCAGACACGUCAAUUGGCUCUUAAAAAAUCUCUUGAUGAUGCUCAGAUGCCUUCACCUGAAGUUGCAGAAGUCGAGCCUGAUGUCGGAACCAUAGGAGUUCUGGCUGAAUCUGAACAACCUCUUGAUGAGGGUCAGAAGUUUUCACCUGCAGAUACAGAAGUCGGGUCCGAUUCAGGUGCUGACACCUUAAGAGUUCAAUCUGAAAUCAAACAACCUUAUGAUAAUGUUCUAUGCUCACCUGAGGUUGUGGAAGUACAACCCAAUCCAGACGGUGACACCGUAGCAGUUGGAUCUGAAAGUUUUAAAGAAGUAACGGUAGAUAAUGCUGAGAAUGUACCUGAUGAUGCAGUUUCCGAUGUAUCUCGUGUACGUAAUCAGAAUGAGGAGGUUAAUGUGGAAUCUGGAAUAUUUAGUGAAGCUGAAAAUUUGGAGAAAUCAGUCCAGGAGAAUCUUUCGUCAGGCAAUGAUGUUUAUGUCGAGUGUGAUGACGUUAUUUCUGACCCGAAGUCCCGUCUGGAUAUGUUUGGCAAUCAAGUUGAUUGUAGUAGUGUGGCUAAAGAGUUUGAAACUGGUUCAGAACUGUCGAAUGCAAAUAUGACUCUUGAUGUUACUUUCUCAGGCAUUGAUAUCGACAUUGAACGUGUCGUAGAGGCUAAUAGUAGUGUGCAGAAUGUAGAAUCUCUUGAUGUUCCUCUCUCAGGCGUUGAUAUCGACAUUGAACGUGUCGUAGAGGCUAAUAGUAGUGUGCAGAAUGUAGAAUCUCUUGAUGUUCCUCUCUCAGGCGUUGAUAUCGACAUUGAACGUGUCGUAGAGGCUAAUAGUAGUGUGCAGAAUGUAGAAUCUCUUGAUGUUCCUCUCUCAGGCGUUGAUAUCGACAUUGAACGUGUCGUAGAGGACGGUAGUGAUGUGCAGAAUGUAGAAUCCGAACAUGAUAAAUUGGCGAGCAAUACCGAUCAUGCUACAGACAAAGAGGAUGUUGGAGGUGUUGACUUAGAGCCAGCUCAGAUUGAAAGUAUGCCUGUGGCAGCUGAAGUUUUAGUUGCAUCUCAUGACCAAGAACCCGAACCAGAACGGUCGUUGAAUGUUGCUGUUGAUGAUGUUUCUUGUGAUACAUUACGAUCUGAUUCAGUAACGAACGAAGACGCACCAAAAAUUCUUUCUACUAGUGAAAUCGAUGACGUGGUUGUAAGAGUUGAUGCUCCGGCGGAGUUGGUAGUAGACAUCAAUAAGGAUGUUGUCGGUGAUAUGUAUGACAUGGAUGCUGAAGGUGAUGAAGAUAUUCAGCCAUUUGAAAGCGGAUGUAUUUCUUACAAUAUGAACAAUGAACAGACAAAAGAAGAGGCUGAGACGCAUAGAGAUGAUCCAGAACACGAAACAGCAACUGAUGAUGAUUCGGACAGUGGCAAAUUCAUGGAAGAUGAUUCACAUAUUGGUGUACAGGAGGUGGGGUCUGAACUUUUGGGAAAUAUAAAAGCUCACGAAGAUCUGGCAAGAGAAGAAGCCUCACCGAUCUUAAAUACAGGAGAGCAUACUGUUGAUGGGACAGAUUCUAGUCAACUUGUGGGAGAUAUUGGUGCUCAUGAAAGUCUAAUUACAAAAGAAAGUUCGCCGUUGACAUAUACGAACAAAGAAUCUCCUGUUGAUGGUACUGAUUCAGAUUUAUUGACUAUUAAGGAGGACGAUAGAAAUAAGCAAGAAGAAACUCAAAAUCAAGGUGCAUCUGUGGAUUGGGGGGAUUAUGAUUUCGGAACGGAUGAAUUUGAAAACCCAGUUUCAGCAAAUGGAAGUGCUGAUGAGGAGGCUAAAGGCAAAAAAGAUGAUCAAGAUUCAGAUCUCCAAAUGUCUGCUAGAGCAAGUUAUACAGUAGAAAAAAGUUCUGGUCUUGCAGCUGGCUUGGCCGAUUCAGUAACGAAAUUUGAGAAGGAUUCUAGAAAUGCUGCUGAUGGAAAAUCCCACCAAGCAUUAGAUACGCUGAACCAAAGUGCAAAUGCAGUAGAUAUGGGUGAAGAGGUUUUCGGCUGGUCUGGUGCUGAUUCGUCUAUGAAAUCGUUGUUUGAAACGCCAGCUGCUACUCGAAUCAGUCAUGUAAGAGACAGUCAGGAGGAUGCAGCCAAAUUUGCCAACCAAGAUAAUUAUUCGUCUCUGAAAUCAUUAUCUGCAACGCCAGCAACUACUCGAAUCAGUCAUGUAAAAACCGGUCAGGAGGAGGCUGUUGAUCUUACCAACCAAGAUCAUUAUUCAUCACUGAAACCCUUAUUUAAAACACCAGCUGUUACUCAAAUCAGUCAUGCAAAAGAUGGUCAGGAUUUAACACCAGCAACUACUCGAAUCAGUCAUGUAAAAACCAGUCAGGAGGAGGCUGUUGAUCUUACCAACCUAGAUCAUUAUUCAUCACUGAAACCCUUAUUUAAAACACCAGCUGUUACUCAAAUCAGUCAUGCAAAAGAUGGUCAGGAUGUAACACCAGAAACUACUCAAAUCAGUCAUGUAAAAACCGGUCAGGAGGAGGCUGUUGAUCUUGCCAACCAAGAUCAUUAUUCAUCACUGAAAUCGUUACUUAAAACACCAGCCGUUGCUCAACAUAGUCAUGCAAACGAUGGUCGGGAUGCAAAAACCGGUCAGGAGGAUGCUGUUGAUGUUGCCAACCAAGAUCAUUCGCGUGCAGAUUCAUCGCUGAAAUCAUUAACUAAAACACCAGCUGUGACUCAAAUCAGUCAUGUAAAAGAUAGGCUGGAGGAUGCUGCUGAUUUUGCUAGCCAAGAUUAUCAUUCAUCUCUGAAAUCGUUAUAUCAAACUCCAGCCGUUACUCAAACCAGUCAUGUCAAAGGUGGUCAGGAGGGUGCUGCUGAUUUUGCAAACCAAGAUCACUUGAGUGCAGAUUCAUCUCUGAAACCAUUAUUUAAAACGACAGCAGUUACUCAAAUCAGUCAUGUAAAAGAUGGGCAGGAUGCUGCUGAUUUUGGAAACCAAGAUCACUAUUCAUCUCUGAAAUCAUUAUUUAAAACACCAGGCGUUACUCAAAUCAGUCAUGUAAAAGAUCGGCAGGAGGAUGCUGCCGAUUUUGCAAACCAAGACCAUUAUUCAUCUAUGAAAUCAUUAUUUAAAACACCAGCCGCUACUCAAACCAGUCAUGUAAAAGAUGGGCAGGAGGAUGCUGCUGCUUUUGCAAACCAAGAUCAUGGUUCAUCGCUAAAAUCAUUAUUUAGAACGCCAUCCGUUACUCAAACCGGUCAAGUAAAAGGCCGUCAGGAGGAUGCAGUCAGUUACCGCAACCAAUAUCUUUCAUCUCUGAAACCCUUAUUUGAAACACCAGCUACUACUCAAACGAGUCAUGUAAAAGACGCACGGGGUGAAGCAACCAAUUUUGCUAACAAAGAUCAUUAUGCAGACUCGUCUCUGAAAACAUUGUUUGCAACACCAGCCCCUUCUAGAACGAGUCAUGUAAAUGACUGUAAUGACGAUAUCGGGUCUAGCAGAUCUGCAGAACAUGAGUUUAAUCAUCAGUGGGGAAAUGACCCGUCAAAAGAUUAUAAUGAUGAAAGUGGUCCAGGAAACGAGAUUCAUGGAGUUCCAAGCUUUGAAGAUUAUCCUCAUAAAUUAUUUGAAGAUGAUGUAGGCGGUUCAACUGACAGGUCGGUGAGUGACACACAUUUUGGGUUCAAACAUAUUGAAUUCUUAAAUGAAGCAACAGGAACAAGCCAUCAAAAUCUUUCCGGUUUGAAAGAUAACUCAACCCGUGGUCACGAGUUUGAAAAGAAAGAAGAUAACCUAAUGAAGGGGUCAGAAGUUAAUGAUGAUUUAGCCUUUGAUACAGGGCAUAUGCAUGAUUACAGGGACGACACUCAAUAAUCUAACAAGUGAAGUGAUGAUUUUCUAUAUGUAGAUGGGGACUUUGUGGCUAGUCAAAAACUUCUUUUAUUUUGUAUAUUUGACUACAUGUAGCACAAACUGACGCUGAUUUUCUAUCCUGUGCUAACUCUUAUACUUAAGACACUUUGAGCAGCUUUAUCGUCAUAUUUUGUUCUCAUUAGUUUGAA